CGGAGCGGCCAUGUCCCACGGCCCCAAGCAGCCCGGCGUGUCCUCCGCGCCGGCGGGCGGCAAGGCUCCGGGCCAGCAUGGGGCCUUCGUGGUGGCUGUCAAGCAGGAGCGCAGCGAGGGACCGCGGGCGGGCGAGAAGGGACCCCAAGAGGAGGAGCCAGUGAAGAAGCGCGGCUGGCCCAAGGGCAAGAAGCGGAAGAAGAUUCUGCCGAAUGGGCCCAAGGCACCUGUCACGGGCUAUGUGCGCUUCCUGAAUGAGCGGCGGGAGCAGAUCCGCACGCGCCACCCGGACCUGCCGUUUCCCGAGAUCACCAAGAUGCUGGGCGCCGAGUGGAGCAAGCUGCAGCCGGCGGAGAAGCAGCGGUACCUGGACGAGGCGGAGAGGGAGAAGCAGCAGUACAUGAAGGAGCUGCGGGCCUACCAGCAGUCGGAAGCCUACAAGAUGUGCACCGAGAAGAUUCAAGAGAAGAAGAUCAAGAAAGAGGACUCGGGGUCCGGGCUCAUGAAUACCCUCUUGAAUGGGCACAAGGGUGGGGACUGCGACGGCUUCUCCACCUUCGAUGUCCCCAUCUUCACUGAAGAGUUCUUGGACCAAAACAAAGGUGGGCGUAACCCGGGUCCCGUGCAGAGGGCAGGGUGGGCCGGUGGGCGCCCCGGCGGGAGGAGGAGUCUGCCCUCCGCAGGCACGGGGGAGACGCCCACGCUGGGCACCCUGGACUUCUACAUGGCCAGGCUGCACGGCGCCAUCGAGCGCGACCCCGCCCAGCACGAGCAGCUCAUCGUCCGCAUCAAGGAGAUCCUGGCUCAGGUGGCCAGCGAGCACCUGUGA